GAAGCAGGAUGGGGGAAACAUCAGCAGGGAUGGUGUCAGUGCACUUCUGGACAGGUUGUUUGAUCCAGUCCCUGGAGCAAGGACUGGAGUUAUCCCCUUGGGGUGAGCUGGAAGCAUCACUUCAUCCCUUCUCCCUCAGCAAACAGUUGUCAAGGUGCUUUUCAGUGCCAAAGUGCUUUACUUUGGUGAGAGAUCAUCCAGGCUGGCAGCUUCGAGGAGGCUGUCCUUGCCUCCUUCCCUGCAGGGUCUGAGUUGGACAUAGGGGCAGGAUAGCUCUGGAUCUGGUGUUUAUUUUGCAAGAAGGGGCAUGGUCCCACUGUCCCUCAGCAUGGUGGCACCAGGUUAGUGCUGAGCCCUUUACCUAAAAAAGCCAGGAUCACUCUUAUCCUCCUAAAAUCCUGGUGAGGUUUGGCUCAGGGUACAUCCCACACACUCAUUCCAUGGACACCCUUUCUCCUGCAGGAGCUCCUGGUCCCUGAGCUCCUGGGCUGGAUUAUCUCUGUGUAACCCCCAUUUCCACAGGCUUCCCGUAAGGCAGGGGACAGCAGGGACAUCAAACCAGCUUCUCUUACGGGAAGGGAGGAAAUGCAUUUUAAUUUGAUUCCUGACCCAUGGGCUCGCUCAGAGAUCGUGUGUCAGCAGAGCCCAGGGCACAAAAGGGCCCUUGUCCCUCCUCACAGACAGGCCGGGCUCUGUGUGUCUGCAGAGACCCUUUCAAGGCCAUUUUUGUCCUCCCAGCUGAUCAGUCCCGUGCAGAAACCAGCUCUGCACAAGCAGGGCUCAAGGCCAGGAAGCAGGACUGUGACCUGGCCACCAUCAGCCCAACACUAAACCCAUUAAAGACCCCUCAUCCUCAUCAACAGCCAAGCCAUGCAGGGCCCCUGUGGUGGAGAACAUCCUCCUUUUGGCAAGGUUUGGUUACAGGGCCUGCAGCUAUGGUGGGGUUUGCCCUACCACAAGGAGCUGAAGACGUCUGAAAUGGGGGCCAGUCACGAGGAUUGCAUGCUGAAAUUCCACUUUCUAAUCCUUUCUGCCUGGGACUUAGUAGGACCCAUUUUUACUGGUGCUCAGCUGAGUCAUUUCUUGUGGCUGGUUAAACACAGAAUGGAGCAUCUUUCCUAUUCUCUGAUGCAGGAGACCAAAUUUCUGUGUGAACCUGGUGGGAAGUUUGGUUUGGGACAAUGAACUGGGCUGCAGGAGGUCAGAGGUGGACUCACACAUGUGGCCUGGUGUUUGUUGGUGACUUUAAAGCAGCUCAGUUCUUCCUCUGUGCUCCAGAUGCAAAAUGAGGUUAAAUAAAACUCACCUCAUCCACCUGACCAUAACUACUCCAUGCCAGGGACUGCUCAGUUGUGUCACCAGCACCAUGAGGCCAGGGGUCUGUGGCCAGUGAUGUGCUGCCCUCUUGAGCCAUUGCCUCCAUGUCCUUACAGCCUCUUUGCUUUCCCCCCAGGGUGAUGGAGAACCUCACAAUUCCUCCAGCCUGGAGCAGGGUCACCAACAGCUCCUCGGACCCAGGUGGCACAGAUGACAAUCCCUACAAGUGCGUGUUUGACGAGGACUUCAAAUACGUCCUGCUGCCCGUCUCCUAUGGCAUCGUGUGUGUGGUGGGGCUCUUCCUCAACCUGCUGGCCCUCUAUGCCUUCAUCUUCAGGAUCAAGACCUGGAACGCCUCCACCACCUACAUGUUCAACCUGGCCAUCUCGGACACGCUCUACGUGGUGUCCCUGCCCCUGCUGGUGUACUACUACGCCAUGGGGGACAACUGGCCCUUCAGCGUGGGGCUGUGCAAGAUUGUCCGCUUCCUGUUCUACACCAACCUCUACUGCAGCAUCCUCUUCCUGCUCUGCAUCAGCAUCCAUCGUUUCCUGGGCAUCUGCUUCCCGCUGAAGUCGCUGCGCUGGGGCCACGUGCGCCACGCGCGCCGCGUGUCGGCGGCCGUGUGGGCGGUGACCGUGGUGUGCCAGUCCCCCGUGCUCUUCUUCGUCACCACCAGCGUCAAGGGUGACACCAUCACCUGCCACGACACGUCCAGCAAGGACCUCUUCGGCCAGUUUGUCAUCUACAGCUCGGUGAUGCUGGUGCUGCUCUUCUGCAUCCCUUUCCUCGUCAUCAUCGUCUGCUACUGCCUGAUGGCCCGGCGGCUGCUCCAGCCCACCCGGGGCAUCUCCCGCCUGUCCCGCUCCAAAAAGAAGUCGGUGAAGAUGAUCAUCAUCGUCCUGGUGGUCUUCAUUGUUUGUUUCCUGCCUUUCCACGUCACCCGUACUUUGUACUACUCCUUCCGGAGCUGGGACCUCAGCUGCCAGACCCUCAAUGCCAUCAAUUUGGCCUACAAGGUGACUCGUCCCCUGGCCAGCACCAACAGCUGCCUGGAUCCCAUUUUGUAUUUCUUAGCAGGGCAACGAUUUAUGAAGUUUGCAGGCAACAAAAUGCCAGGGAAGCCUCAGAACGAGGUGGCACUGGGCAUUGUGCCCAACAGUCACCUGGGAACCAGCAGUGACACAGACACGCUCUCCAAGGAUCUGAAAUCCUAGCUGUGCUCCAUAGAAGGGUUUAUUCUGGGCGUGGAGGCAGGACAGGAUGCUCUGGAGCCCGAGGCUUUGGGUGUUUGGGAUGCCUGGGCUUGCACUCACUCCAGUGUGAUCUGUGUGAAAUGCACUCCUCUGCCUGUUCUGCUGUAUUUUUUUCGGAAAGAUGCAGCUGUGGUUGCACACGUGAACCCUGAUCUCUGGCUCUGUAUCCCAGUCUGCCCCUCUCAUCAACGCUGAGGUGACCAAAUCUGGGAAAAAAAAUCGUGCCCUGAGUGCCUUGAA